UCAGUCACUGAGAGUUAAACCAGAUGAGAAUAUAGUGCUUAUUCGCGCAGCAGCUAAUUUUCUAUGCUAUGAUAAUGUGAUUUAUAGUUGAUUGAAUCAGGAGAGUAAAACUAGUUUUCCAGAAUCAAUCACAGGGAAGAAUAGUGACUUUUGUGGUCAAUUCAAUGACUGUGUUGAAUUCGGUUCCACCAUCAAUGAGACAUUUAACCUUUGUCUCGCCCGGUGGGACAGCUCCGAGUGGUUGUGCGAGAUUUUGUUGAAUUGUGGAAUUCUUGUAUUUACCGGAGCAGACAGCAUCACCACCGAAACCAUCCCCGGUAGUCCACAAUCAUGUUGAUGAAGGGAAGGGUGAGAGAACGUUGUGAAUCAUUUGGAAGUUGGUUUUCGCUAGAGUGAUUAGAACGGAUUGUGCAUUGCUACAAGAAACCGAAGAUUCGACGUCACACACAGCUGUCUUGUGUGGCGAGGCUGAAGCGUUCGAGUGAGUGGAAUACUGAGAAAAGUGGUACAGAUGCAAAAUUGUCCCUUCAAAGAUAGCUGCGAAACACAGCACGCGAAUUGCAAAUUGCACUCGUACAAAGAGUUUGGUUCAAUCCAUACCGUAAGCAAUUUUUGAGCAAGAGAGAAAAAUCCGUCACAAUGUUGAAAAACAUCUCUCAAGAUCGCGGAACAAACAGAAAUCGGAACGAACCUGGCCGGUUCUUCGGCGAUGGAGUAAGCUUCAAGGCCAAACUGAUUGGCAUCCUGGAGGUUGGCGAGGCCAGAGGAGAUCGCAUGUGUCAGGAAGCGCUGCAGGACCUCAAAAUGGCCAUCCGAGCUGCCGGUGAGCACAAACAAAGGAUUACGAUCCACGUUACUAUCGAUGGACUGCGAUUGAGAGAUGAGAAAACAGGGGACUCUCUCUACCACCAUCCAGUGCAUAAGAUAUCGUUCAUCGCGCAGGACAUGACGGAUUCGCGUGCAUUUGGCUAUAUUUUUGGUUCGCCCGACAGCGGGCAUCGCUUUUUCGGCAUCAAGACCGACAAAGCCGCCAGCCAGGUGGUGCUGGCGAUGCGUGACCUCUUCCAGGUCGUGUUCGAAUUGAAGAAGAAAGAAAUCGAGCUUGCUAGACAGCACAUUCAGAGCAAAAUUACAGCGCAUGAACAUCAGGCGGUUGCGAUGGCCGUCAAAACCUCCAACGUCGACAGUUACGGCAAAAGUUCGUCCGGCGAUGGUGCUUCCUGUCCAUUGGCCGGUUCCGGUCUGGCUGGCGCGAGCAGUUUGAAGUCGAAUGUUAAGUGUGAGAAAUCCCCCGAAUCGGUAGCCGAUCUCGUAGAUUUAGAGCAAGAGCUUAGUUCUAUACAGCGUGGCAUCACACAAAUGGAGCGGAUAACCCCGAACGAAGUCCCCUCGAAAAGCGUCAUCGAUGACGAUCCCUUCGGAGAUUCAUUCGCCAAUAUUCCGCCGGCCUAUAAUCUACUACCACCUCCCGAGACUAGCAAACGCCAUUUGAAACAAACACACAGAUCGACUGAAAAUUUACCAGUUGCUGAAACCAGUCCGGCGGUGGUUUCUUCAUCUCCACCCAUCCCAUCAACGCCAUUAGCACCAUCAUCCCAAACGGCACCACCCGUUUGCACCACUCCUGGUCCCGCUCCCGCUACAAUGUCUGCGAGCAAUUCUAAUCAGAACGAUGAUUGGCUUAACUCACCUCCCAACACGUCACGCUUUGAUCCCGAACCUGCGAAAUACUCUGACGAACCUAACCUCAAAGAGUUGGAAGAAGGAUGCAAGUUUCAGUUUCUUCAGACACACCUAAGUGCACCACAGCCCUCGUCCUAUACCGAUGUCUUCACCGAUCUGGAUCCGCUUGGGACAGGGAAAAUCAAACCCUAUAUUGAUAAGAAGUUCUUCUUCCAGGAGCUAAAAAAUCCACCAAAAAAAGUGCUUAAAGAUCUAUCCGGUAGAGAUAGUACUUUCAAUGCCAACUUCUCCUCCGAUGACCAUCAACGUCAAUCGCCUCGUUCAAUUCCGUCUAGCACAAACAUCACGUCCUCGGGGGGAGCUGAGUCUUUGAAAGCAACCUUCGAUGAGAUUAGCGCCAGAGAAAAUGAACCUUCAGCCGCCGAUUUUCUUGAUCCAUUCGCCAGCAAAGCCGUUGAUCCUUUCAUGGAAGAUGAAGAUUUCUCAAAACUACACAUCGAUCCAUUUGACGUCAGCUUCCCCAGAACCGCUACCCCAAAGCACAAUGAAUCCAAAGCCCAGGAAGACACAGCAACAAAGCUCGCCACUAUAUCAGAUGAAGGAAAAUCCGACGAUAGUCCAGUGGCUUACAAUGGUCCCCUUCAGGUUAAUCUUCCGCCCGAAAGUUGGGCUAGUUACAUCAGCCAGAAGCGUCUCGAGCGGCAAAACUCCGACACAACCACUUCGCCAGGGAUGGGCACUACCAGAAAUCGUCCGAAUGUGUUCAAACAGAACACGGUUGAUGUAAUCUCCAGUAUUAGUAGCAGCUCGAAAAAAAUUAAACCGAACCUUUUCGGGCAAAAAUUUUCCAAGCGAGAUUCAAACAGCAUAAAUAUGCGACGUUUGCAGGAGAGUGAUUCCUUGAGUGAGAAUGAAACUGCCCCUGAGCCUCCUCCUCGACCAGACUCGGGAUCGCACAUCGAGCCCCCUCCUUUGCCACCUAAAAAACAAUUUGCCGACAUCGUGAUACGACCGUCUCCAAGAUCAGGACCUUCCGCUACCCCGAACUCGGGAGGUUCUACGAGAGAACGGUACGAUUUCAUUGGUUCCAAGCUGGAGUCGAAAAGUCAAUCUACCGGCGAUAAUGCGCCUCCACUACCAUUACCAUCGCGGAAAGUUAAUAGAGCCGACUCAUCAUCUCCGGGUCGUCCUUUCAAGAAACUGAAUGAAGAAGAUGAUUACCUGCAACCGAUCACCUCUAAAUCAGAGAUUCCGACAUUAUUACCUCCACCACAACGCAAGGAUGCUUCGAAAACACGGGCCGCACGCAAAUCCGAAACGGAUCCCCGAAAUCUGGACGAGCCCACGCCUCCGGCACAUUCAAAGUCUCCCACUUCGCGGGACAAAGAAUCGCUUAUACCGGACAUCACACUCAGUCAAUUACUAACACUAGGUAUCGAUGAAUUAGCCACAAAAUUAAACGUUCCGGUUUCCAAGUUAAGCACAAUGACCCUGGUGGAACUCACAUCAUAUCUUUCCGAAUUCAUCGAGAACAGCAAAACCUCUCCCUCGGUAGCAUCUUGGAAUCAAGAAGCUGAAAACAGUGACUCGCCGGUGUUCAAGGUCAAUUUCGAUGAUCAAAAUGAAAACACGUUUGUAGCCAAGUUCGACGACAACUUCGGAGAGGAGAACUCCUUUGUAGCAAACUUUGAUCAUCUGAAUCAGCAACAAGCACACCGCACAGUGGCACCACCUGCACCACCUCCCGUCGAUAAGUAUGCCGUAUUUCGAGAAAUCAUUGGACAGGAAAUCGGUUCUUCUCCAGAACCUCACAAAGGUGAUUCAAGGGAAACUGGUCUCAAUUUGACUACAUUAGAUUUCGACAGAGAAGUAGCAAGCGAAAUGAACAGGCUGUCACCGAACAUAACCGCCGACCAAUUCGCAACGUCACCUUCCCAGUCGCAGUCAUUUACAACAGCAAGUCCCGUGUCCGUACCAAUGACAAAAAUUGACACCAAGAUCACCGAAGUCAUUUCUCAUGCUAAAGAUCGUUACGCUGCGCUGAGAGAUAUCAUUCUGGUAGAGGACCUAUUCGAGAAAUCAUCCCCACCUGCACCGCCCACAUCUUCCGCACCAAUAGCGCGCAUGGAAUCAUCUUCAUUCGAAGAUCGGGACACCGAGGAUGAACACAAAUUCGAAACCAACUUCGAUGACAUGAUUCAAGAGGAACGCCAAUCACCCGAAAUCAACAUUUCCGACGCUGACAUCAAUAGGGAUUUCCCUGAGCAGGAAGAACAACAACUGCAGCCAUCCCUGCAAAAUCUUGAAAUACCAGAGUCUCAGAAUCUCUCCGGCUUCCGCAGUACUCCGAAGGAGGAUUUGGAGAUAGAUGCAUUCAUGCAGAAAGCAGUAUCCAAUCUGUCACUCCACAGCACCGGGCAGCUGUCACCAGCAGCCCAAUCUGGCCCAGGGUUGACGUUAAAAUCUCCUCAGCUGCAGAGCACAUCAACGUCACCAAGUCAUCCACCGCAAAGCCGAUCUCCGGUAGCGGCUAGGGACAGCAGCUUACUACAGGAUGUGUCCUGCGAUGCGGCGGCUAAAGCAACACUUAACGACAUGAGCACUUCGCCGAUACCGAUCGUAAAAUCUCCCAUGGCCAAGAGUCCCACCAUCAUGAAGGCGUCGUCGUCUUCGCUAACAAAAUCUCCACUCCAGAUCGCGUUCGCCGAGGGGACAACAGUGCUGGGUGGAACGAAGAAGAGCGCUGAUCCGAUGCAGAAGCGGUCGUCUGGUUCCGCAAGCGAUGGUGGGGAAUCAUCGCCGGAAGCGGAGCGUAAUCGGGAUAUCAAACCAUCUAAACUCACACCAACAAACAACGAGUCAUGGGCUGUGUUCGAUCAGCCUGAACCUCCACCUGGACAGAAGAAACAUGAUCGUGGUCGUUCACCGAAAGGAAGGACCGACCUGCUAGACAAGAACGGUCCCGACUCGCCCUGCUCAUCGGACCCGAAGGACGAGUGGAAGAGUGACCGUGACUAUGGACGCCGUUGGCCCACCAAGGGACACACUUCAUCAUCCUCUAGGGAUGUUUCGCCCUGGGACGAGGAUGAUCCGGAGUACAGGAAACGACCACCAAGUCAUCAUCCUCCGACGUCGGGCGAACGAUAUCACCACCCUAGAAUGCCACCUCGGCGCAUCAACUCCAACGACGAUGACUAUGAGGAUGAGCUGAAGGAACGUUCCGAACGGAGGCGGCGAAUGAAGGGUCAGAUAAGUGCCAGAAGCCGGGACAAUUUCGACGACGAGCAUUGGUAUCACGAACAUCAAAGCUGGUCGCCAACCGACGAGGAUGAGCGGCCGGAUCGUUCGAGGUCGUUCGAUAGGAAUGCAUACGAGCGGAGCACCUAUGGGCCCCCGUAUGAGAAACGUGAGCCCAAAAGUAUGCCUGCGUACGAUAGGAGGGAUUAUAAGAAUUAUGAUAAAAGAAAAUACUACAGGGAAAGAAGUAGACCGAAUUAUGAGUAUGAUCCUUACAGUGAAGGGUACGAUCAGCGGAUGAUGAAGGGUAGGGUUGAUUAUGAGGAUGUCUACGAGAGGGCACCUCGUGACUCGAGAGCACCGAGGGAAUAUUUCUAUGAAAGAGAGAGGAAGAGUUUCGACCGUGACAGUAACGAGUCUUACGAUCGACGAAGUUUGGGUAGUGGAGAUUUGUAUGGCAGCUUGGAUAGUCGCGGUGACUAUCGGGAGAGGGAUCGUUACCUGUCGUUGGACAAAUCACGAUCGUUACGGCGAGGAGUGCGGAAUUCCGGAAGUGCCAGAUUAGAUGAUCCAGAUCACGAUUCGGAGGGCGAUCUGAUAGGCGGACGGCGGGGUGAUACGAAUAGCCUUCAUCGUUCUAGUCAAAACAUCCGGGGCAAGCAGCAACAAGUGGUUGACGAUGAGGUUUGGGGAAUGGCAAUGGCUGGCAAAUCUGGGUGGAAGCGUCCUUCGAGUGCCACUGAUCAGGAACGACGCUACAAUGAAGGCAGGAGGAUGUUGACAUCGAUGACACUGGCAGGUUCCGAUGGAGAAAAGGAUCGUCGUUUUCGUAAAAAGAGUAGAAAUCGUUCAAAAGAGUCGGACAUUAGGCCAGGGUAUGCAACUAUGCGGUAUCCGCCACGUUCCAAAGAGGAUUAUUUUGAUUUCGAUGCAGAUACUCGUGGGAGUGGUAAUGGGGGGAGCAUGUACGACAAUGAUGAAGAGGAUGAUGUGGGUAGUGGUAAAAUUAUAAACGAAUCAAUCGGCGAGAGUCCAUCCUAUUACGGCCGGAGACAACCUUCUUCGUACUACAAACCUCCUACUCCGCGCUCUGAAGGGCGAACUCUCAAUGAUUCACUCAUAGCACAAGAAGCCAAAAAGAUGUCUCGAUAUGCGUAUGAGGAAGAGACCAUGCGUAGAAUGAAGAAAAGCAAUAGUCGGGAUCUCUACUUCGAAGACGAGGACAAAGGGCGUUUCAGUGGCAAAUUCGGAUCCGGAAAUUUCGAGGCUGCGACACCACCCAAAAGUGCUAAAAAUGUGAGAAUGGAGUUCGAAUUCGAAGAUUUUGGGGACACUCCUCAGUCCAAUACCAGUAGCAAGUUCAACUUCGAAGGUGGGGAUGGGUUUGAAAGUGAUUUCAACUCACCACCGGUUCCGCCUUCUGGCGAAAUUCAAACCACACAUCAUAGCGCAAAAUCAUUCAGAUUUUCGAACGAUUUUUCCGAGAAGGAAUCCGGUCGCCAUCAUCAAAGCUAUCAUCAGAAAAAUCAGCCUCCGGGCUUUGGUGGUGGUUUCGAAGCAGAUUUCACUUCUACACCACGAUCAGCUCCAGGCAUCCAGCAGACGGCUUCGAAAUUGCGUUUCAACGAAAAUGUAACCAUUUCGAAAUUCAAUGCGGAAGCGAAUACUGCCGGAACGCACAUGUUCGAAGACGAUUUCACCGGCCGGCUCGAUCCUGAACUGGAAGAUCAAUGGGCAACCGAUCGUCAGCCUUCCUCUGCCGCGAGCAAUGGGAGUAAGAAAAUUCUCAAAAUUUCUAGUCAGCAUCACUCACAGUCACAGGAUAACAUCCACAAAUCAGACAGUGUGAAUAUUUUCGCCAAAAAGGUUGAGGAUCCUUUCGAGGAUGAUGACUUUUUCUCGACCGGCGGAACAGCGGCAGGAGAGAAGGAUCCAUUCGGCAGUGAAGCCAACAGUGGUCCUGGCAAUGAUUCGACGAACGCUCCCGGUCCGGGAGGGCAGUCUGGGUGGGACAAGAAUUUUGCAAACUUCGACGAUAAUAUCUGAUUACUCGGUAACCUGAUGAUGAACAGUAACGCACUCACUCGUCAGCUGAACCGAACUCUUAGCGUGCGUCAACAAUAUCAAUACUGCUACCAAGGCGAACAUCAGCGAUACUCCCUGGCGAAGGAUAUUAGGAAGCUUUACAUGCGAAUCAGGCAUUUCAAAAAGUAUGAGAUAUUUGUUUAGUGAUUAUAGUUUCGAUAAGUUUUAGCAAUAGUUGACUGAAAUUCUGGUGUUCCAUCGCCAACUGUUGAAAAACACAUCACUCCCUAACGUAUGUUUGUCAUCAAAAUUUGUUCUAAUGUGAAUAUUGAAACGAUGAUUUACAUGUAACUGAACGCAUUUAACUUAUCUAAACCUACUUCGAACUCGCGAAAAGUUCAAUAUGCAUUCGUAUGCAAAGCUCUGAUAAAUAAGGAGAAUAUAGAAAACAAUCUUAUCAGCAUAUCUGUUUUCUAUGUGAGAUCUAGUCAUUUGAAUUAGAACAUUUGGUUGUAUCUUGUCACUUGGUUGUUCCAUUAUGGUUGUCAUAGUUAAAAGGUAUAUUCAUUAUUUUCCAUAGUUCUGGUAAUGAGCGAUUCCAUUUGAAUUCGAGGAUCGAUUUGUUUUUUUUAAUUGGCUCAAAUUUCACAGACGCAUUCUUUAUGACGAAAAAAGCAAUUCCAUUUUGACUGUAGACCUAUUAUUCAGAAGGACCUAAAAAUAAAUUGCUUGAGAAUUUUCAAGAAAUAUAACUCAGAAAUGGUUGGUCCGAUCGAUUCGGUGUCUUCCGCAAUGUUUGAGGUUUUUAGCGUAGGAUUACGUCUUUCAUAAAGGGUGUCAAAUCAGAAAACAGAUCACGUUUUUAUGGAAUAAAGUUAACGUUAAUAACUAUUUUUGCUGCGAACGGACUUUGACGAUUUGCAUACCAUUCAAAUCGGAAAUUCUCUAAGAUUUAUUUGAUAUGUCUUACAUUAUAAUCCCAUAAGCUGUAAAUGAAUUAAAUCGAUGAAAAUUAAAAGUAUUCCCAUUUCCCCAUACAUUUGUUCUGUCCAUUUGUGUGCUUACCUAACCGUUCCUUCAAUAACGGGCAAAUUAUGCAGCCGCGAGGCAAAGAAACAACGAAUGGGAUAAGGAAAAGAGAAUAUUUGAGCCAUAAACUCUACCUUUGCACAGUAAGUACGCUGCCGCUAAUAUAUAAAUUUUGCACCUCCUCUGAGGAAAAUUUUCAGUCUCUUUCUGUAUCUGAAACAGCGAACAUCGUUAAUUCUGCUCGUUUUGUGUCAUCUUCGUUUCCCGUCGAACUGUGGACGCGAGCGAAUAUUCCACUCGCUGUGCAUCAAUCCACUCAUCUUCCCGAGCCAUGCGAAAGCAGGCGUAAUCAUAAGGUUUUUCGCCAAAUUAUGUAGGGCAAAAUUCAGCUGGGCCAUCAUCGCCGGCUCACAAGGAAAAUGAUCCUUCUGCUGGAAUGCUAUGUUUGAUUUACCCAAAGUUAAUUUUUAGCACAUGUUAUGUCAUCCCGAUUUAUUACAUUAAAUAAACCAAAAAAUAACAGAAAAUGUUCUACUCCCCAGUACGUGUAUAUCAUUUGUAUAAUAUAUAUGCUAGAGCUAAUAUGAGCAAGCGAAACAGGAGAAACAUAGUUUGUCAAAUCACACGGCCCAGACAGAGAAAAAUAUCUAUUCUCAUUUACACCCAAAGUUAAAUGUUAGCACAUGUUAUGACAUCCCGAUUUAUUACAUUAAAUGAGCCAAAAAAUAACAGAAAAUGUUCUACUCCCCAAUACAUGUAUAUUAAUUGUAUAAUAUAUAUUCUAGAGCCAAUAUGAGCGAGCGAAACAGGAGACACAUUUAAAUGAAAGCAUAUGAAGGCUUUUCGUAUAGUUUGCGAAAUACACGGCCCAGACAGAGAAAGAUAUGUUCUCGAUCAUGUUCUUCUUUAUCCUCUUAGAAAACACUUUCCAACUUCAUUUUAUGAUGAGGUGUAAUAUUAUCACGCUUUUAUAUAACAGCACUGGCAGCUAUAUGGAUAGCUUAGUCGUAUGAAACAGCUUUGCAUUCCAGCCGGCCUUGGUUCGAUCCCCAUUGACGUCGUAUGGACUUUUUUUUAGCACAAUCCCAAAUGGAAUAAAGAAAGAAAAAAGAAAGGGAUGUCUGCUCCCACACAUAGAAACCUUUUUUAAGCUUUUAAAACAGCUCAUAUUUUGCGCAUUUGACCCUCCAGCACACGAAAUGGCAUUAUUUCUGCCAAAGAUGAAAUGUUUUCAGCCAACGCUAAUUUGGAUGUACGCAAUAGAAGUGCAACUGCUCCUCAUCGUCUUCUUUUGAGGCAUAUGAUACCAACAAAAUAGUUUAUUUUGAGAAGAAUGCAAGAUCAUAAUAGCUGUAUGUUAGGGUGGCAGCGAAAAUGGUCAUGUCAAAUUUCAAAAACCGACCAUGUACAUUUUGAGUGGGCUUCUUUUCCAGGAAGCUCAUUAAAUGACUACUUCGCAAGGGACUAAAUGUUCAGUUCCGUUUAGUUCCAUCUAGUAUGUCUUUGAGUAAUUACAAAAAGUUAAUUAACUUUUACGACAGUCGAAGCCAAUGAAAAGCAUUAAUUAUAGCAUCGAAUAUCUGAAGAAAUAUGGACGAUUCAUAGAAAGUCUGGACUAGACAAAGUAUAGUCUGUAUGUCUGGAUAACCCGUAAAAGUCUGGAAGAUUCCAGAUAAAUCUGGAAGGUUGGCAACACUGCCUUUGUGUGUUACCGUGUGCGUUUUCUGUGGGACGCUUGUUUGGUGCUGGUGCUGUUUGGGCUGUUUGGCGAUGCACGGAAAAUCCUUAUAGGUGCCCCAGGGCAACACUAAACUACAUGGAGCAUGACCCUUGAGACUUGCAAAUCUUGUCAUUUUUGUUGUUUUUAUGUAUCGCCAAAGAUAUAUUGAUGUGGUUAAGAAAUAUGGAAUAACGGUGGCUGCUUGUGGAACAAAUAUUUAAUCACAUGUGGCUGAGUGUGUGUCUUCCUAUUGAAGAGUUAUUUAUAAAACUUCGUUACAUUUAUAAGUAAUAUCGGAAAUGAUAAACAAGCGAACUGAAUAAAACGAAUGCGUAGUGUUUUUUGACGUAGAACUACGUCUUUCAGGAAGGGCACCAAAUCAGAAAACAUGUCACGUUUUUCUGAAAUAAAGUUAACGUUAAUAACUAUUAACUAGAGAUGAAUGAACUUAAGAAGUUUAAAACCAAAUAUGGAAUGGAAUGGAAUGAAAAUGCCUAAUGUUGAUUUCAAACACAUAUACACACACAGCUCGAUACAAAAAUGGAAGAUAUUGCGUAGCAGCAGUGGAAUUUCGUCCACAUUCACUUCACACCCUCGAAGAUGAAUUUUGGAAUAUGGACAUACACUGCAUUUGUUUAGAUACAACGUAUUUAAAUACACUCCUUCAUGGAAGUAUGCUUUACAUUCCCAGCAUGGAUUGGAUUAGAUACAAUUGGCGAUCUAACGCAAAACGUAAACGAUCGGUGAGACAUCUGGAUUUUGUUUUUGAAAAUGAUGAAAAUGAUGCAAAGAUAACCUAAAGCUCGAAAACAAAUCACGUAUAUUUUACAUCCGGCCUUUCCAAGGUAGUUCUCACAUGCAGGAAUCGUGCAUUUUUCUACUUGUAUUUGAUUGUGCUCUCGAAUUUCCUUCUUUAAUUCAACCAUUGUCAAAAAUUUUAUAGUUUUCACUACUGAAAGAGGUAAAUAAAUAACAUGUUAUAUAUAAAAUUGCGCAGAAUUAAAUUUCUUCCAAACUCAUCGCAAUCAAAUAAUCUUUUAUGAUUAUAACAUUGUAAUUUAUGGAAAAAACUACAAACCUUCCAUAAGCUCACAUGGCAAAAUUUAAAACCAUCAUCACUUUCACAGCAGCGCCGCCUAGGUGUAGAUUUGUACGUUAGAUCGCCAAUCACACCUCAAGCAAAUGAAUGGAAGGCGCUGAUAGUUUUCGACGAUUCUCUUCAUCAGUAAUUUGUUGUAGAAGAACCCAAAGAUGCGGACAUAUAAGUGAUACACGAAUCAAAUACUGAAGCAAAUAACUUAAAAGUUAUUUCAGAAAUGUCGAUGCAUUCUGAAAUAAUAUUCGUAGUGACACACAAGCGGAAUGAAUAAUAUGAUUCCGUAGUUCCACGUCGAAAAUGCGGUCGUGUCCUGGAUACAACCCCUUACAAUUUUUUUAUUUCAAAAAUAACACUUUAAAUUAAAAUUUCUCAAAAAAGGUGUUUUUAAUUUUAUUUAUUUUUUUGUUAUGUGACAGCAGACAACAAAUGAUGUUUAUUGUACAGUGCGCCAAAAUGGAAAAGUAAUGGACGAAAAAGUUAUAUAUUUAAAAAAAAUUGAUUUUUGAAAACUGUUGAAAUGAUUUGCUGUACUGCCAAAUUUUGCCAAUUGCUACCGUUCUCGAGAUACAGUAAUUUUUAAAUAAAAUUUACAGAAAAUCACCAACUUUCGGUCGUUCUCGUAUGUUUUUCGAGUUUAUUCAAAUAAUAAUUUUUUUCUGAAAUAUUUUAUUUCAAGUGUUCAUAAAAUGAUCGCAUUUUCUUACAGAUGUCUUAUUGUUUCAUAAUGCCUACAAUUUAUUUAUCAUUUCAUUUUGGAAAUUGCCUAUUUUAUUUUAUUUUUUAGAAGCAUAGAAGUAAUUCUAUUUUAUCUUCGGGAACAGGAAGAAAUGAAUGUGUUCCUUGAAUAGUAAUCGCUUUCGAAUAUCGAACCAUCAAGCUAUUACUUGGUAUUUCCAUACUCUAUUGUAGUUGCAUAGAAAAAUUUGGGUUAGUUGCUUCUUCUUCCGCGUUUGAGCCCAAUCGAAAAGUUUGCUUCGUUUUUUUUUUUUGAUGGGAUGUUCAUGUUCUUUAGCUAGACUAGCCCUUGUAGCUCUGCGUUUUAUCGUUCCUUCUAAGACGAAAAAAUGCCAUUCAACAUCUACAUCAUAUUUAUUCUUAAAUUGGCGAAGACUGGAAAGAUUCUUUCUAUUUUUAUAUUGUGAAGCAGCUUCAUCGGACAUGAAGUAAAUUUUGUUCAAAUUAAAGCUUUUCUUGACGUAUAAAAUAAAUUAUUGUUAAGAUAAAUAAGUUAACGGAUAUAGGCUCAUUACACAAAUCUUCGAAAAAUUGAGUAGUAAUUUAAACGAUUAAGCAUGCCUUUUUCCUUGAAAUAAAUUGCUGCGCAUAAUGACCUAGAACUUCAUUCCGUAGUACAAGAGUGUUAUUUUUUGAAAAAUCAAAUAUAUCUACAAACACUUCCCCGCAAGUUGUUUUUUGUUUUUCAAAAAAGUACACUGCUCUUUUUUAUUGAAAUCAUGUGAUAUCCAUUUUUCUAACUUUUGAAGGAAAUAGGAACUUUCAUGUUGUAAUUCGUUGUGAAGAAGAUUCAACCAUUAUAGUCGAAAAUUAUCUACACUUUCGGGAAAAUUAACUUCUAGGUUAAAAAGACUCGAAAAGAUUCAAAAACGAUCAAAAGUUGAAAAUUUCCAGUAAAUUUUAUUUUCAAAUCACUGUAUUUCAGAAACGGUAGAAUUUAGCAAAAUUUUGCCGUACAUUCGUUUGACACCAAAUUAUGCGUACUUUCAUAAAAUCAGGUCUAAAAACAAUCAUAAGAAGCAUUUCAACAAUUUUCAAAAAUUCAACUUUUUUGUCCAAUAUUUUUCCAUUUUGGCGCACUGUACAAUAAACUUCAUACGUUGUCCUCUGCAACAUAUAAAAAUAUUUAAACAACACUUUUUUUUCGAGAAAAUUGAGUCAAUAUUUUCGAAAUAACAUAAAAAUAAAACAUUCUUUUACAGUGCAUACUUUCUCCAUAUAGCAUCAAUAAUAACCUAAAACAUUGCGGAAGCCACCAAAUCGAUCAGACAAACCCUUUCUGAGUUAUAUUUUGUUGAAAAAUUUUCUUAGGUGAUCUUUGCUUAGACCCUUCUCAAAAGGAAAACUAGAGCCAAAAUGGCAAACCGACGAUGCGAGUUAUCCUUCUUGGUAAUAAAGAAUGCAUCUAUAAAAUUCGAUCCAAAUAAAAAAAUACAAAAAUAAAAUUUAUGAAAAAAUCGUCAUUUGCGGUGGAAGGAAGCUCUAAUGUCACAAUUUCUUGCAUAUUAAUAAAUCCUAUUUCAUGCCUUAGGCAAAACAGAACGAAAUCCACAUUUCAAUUUGCUGUUAAUUUAUCUUCGGUGUUCGAAUAUCAGUUGUAAUUCAAAACGUUUGAAGCUUCGCAAAUGAUCAUAAAGUUAUCGAACACUUCUGAGAAACAACAAACAUUGUAUUAUGGAAAACUAUUGAAAAACAAAAUGCAAAAUGAAUCGAAAUAUUGAAAAAAAUGAACCUAAAAUCAAAUACACCAAUUUUUACUGAAGCAAAACAAUAAAACAUAUUGGAUUAUAACUGUGUUUCUCAAGCCACAACCUUGCAACAAAGCUUAUGCGCAUAUAUCAAAUAGCUAGUAAAUAAUUUCUGUUUAGAAAUCGAUUGAUCAACUUGUACUACAACUUGUACAACUUGUACUAAUCGUUGGCAUACGAUUUGCGUGAUCCCUGGUCAUCUAUGUUAUCGAAGGACAUAUCGAACAAGCAUCGAAUGUCCAUGUAUUAUCAUCACUGGUAGAGCUUAAGCAAAUGAAUGAAAAAAAAACAAAACAAAAUACUCUAAUAAACUGCAAUACCCCCUUUUUUUGGUUACCGUCGACUCGAUGGAACUGAUUUCUCACUGUGUGGUUUAGAAUGAAAAAAAACACCGAAACCGAGAUAGUUCCUACCAGGUCAGCACGUAGCAUUUUUUAAGCAAACAUGUCAUGUUAAUAUGGAAACCGAAAACAAUAUUCUCAUGUUACAAUAUCCUCUUUCUCGAAUAUUCGCCAAUACGUGCAUAAAUAGAGCAAAAAAAAUCUACACUUCACUGUUUCUGAAGGCAAACUCGUUUCUAAACAGACAGUAGAAUAAUUUUUAAGUACAUGUGUUGAUAUUAAUGCUACUCCAAAAAGUCGAACAUCAUAGAAUUAAACACUUGUGUUUGCAAUUGAAAAGGAAAAAACCGUUGUGUAAAUUGCUUUGUAUAUUUUUUGUAAAAUAUUUAUUGAAUAAUCGGUUAAUGAUAACAUGUAAAAUUAUGCUGAUUAAACAUACAACUAAGAAAGACUAAUCGAGUAAUAUUGAAUCAGAACCUAUAAAUUAUGUAGAUGUUGAAAAAAAUACUGAAAACAGAAAAGGCAAAACACACACACACACCAGAGUUAAACAUAACAAUGAACAAAUUCAACUAAAUGAACGAAACAAAAUAAUUCGUAAUACAAACCCAAAUGUUGAUUUAAACUCAAUACGAAUAAAGUAUGUAAAAUUUCAAUCUUUAAA